CAUUCAGGCUCUCGGGCACUGCCCGAGGGCCCGGGGUCAGUAGGGCGCCCGAUGAGAUGCCCCUAGUACCUUUAAUAUGCUUUUUUGGGUGUGGUUUGAGUGUGAGCGAGGACAAAAGGGCCCCAUGAUUUGCUAUUGCACAGGGGCCCCAUGAGUUGUCAGUCCGCCCCUGUCCCCAAUAAAUAUUCAAAUUGGCCUUCUGCCUUUCCUCUCACUGUGAUUUUAGAAUCCUGUAGAAUGCAUGGAGAAAUAGUUGAACCAGCAGCCCAUAAAGCAGGCUAAAAAUAUCAACAACUGCUCCACUG